CGGCGGCGGAGGUGGCGGCGGCGGCGACCCCGCUCCUCCUCUCGUCUUCUCUCCCCUCCUAACAUCUCCCCGGCUGGCCUUGCGGGGCGGCGUGGGGCCGGCGGGCCCCGAACAUCUCGCCAGCCGGCGGCUGCCUUAGCUGGUUUUUCAAGAACAAGAAUGGAGGGGAACAUGAAGCUGGCAAUGAUGGAAGAUGCAGUGGAGUAUCAUCUGUUUUUGUUACCAGAAGAACCAAAAGAUCCAGAAAAGCGCAAAGAGCUCCUUCAGAAGUAUAUUGCAUCAAUAACGACUGAGUAUGCAUCUCUACUGGUCUCCUAUAUAUGGCAAAAUCAACCUUUUAAUCUCAGAUACACACCUGGUAAAGGUAACAUUCCUGCUCAUAUUGUUGGUGUAACUAAAUUUGGGGACAACAUUGAGGAUGAGUGGUUUAUUGUUUACCUUAUAAAGCAGAUUACAAAGAAGUUUCCAGAAUUAGUAGCAAGGAUUGAAGACAACGAUGGUGAGUUCUUGCUAAUAGAAGCUGCUGAAUUCCUCCCUAAAUGGUUGGAUCCUGAUAAUAGCACCAACAGAGUGUUUUUUCACUGUGGAGAGCUGUGCAUUAUUCCAGCACCACGGAAAUCUGAGGAAAUAUCCUGGUUACCUGCAUCACCUCCCACAAUUAGUCAAGCACUAGAGAUUAUUGCCAAGCACUCAGAAAAAAUCCUUGCCUCAGAAUCUAUCCAAGCAGCAGUGAACAAACGAAUCAAAGGGUACCCGGAAAAACUCCAAACGUCCCUUCAUCGAGCUCACUGCUUCCUUCCAGCUGCUGCGGCAGCAAUUUUGAAGCAGCAUCCUCGGUUGGUAGCUGCAGCUGUCCAGGCUUUUUAUUUACGGGAUCCUAUUGACCUGCGAGCCUGCCGAACUUUCAAAAUAUUCUUGCCAGAAACACGUGUAAUGACUACGGUCACAUUCACAAAGUGUUUGUAUGCACAGUUGGUACAACAGAAGUUUGUGCCAGACCGCCGAAGUGGGUACAGUCUGCCUUCUCCAUCCCACCCCCAGUACCGAGCACAUGAACUGGGCAUGAAACUGGCUCAUGGCUUUGAGAUUUUGUGUGCUAAAUCCAACUCACUUCCUGACUUCAAGAAGUCUCUAAUGACUACCACCUCUCUUUGGAAUGGCUUUCUUGACAGUCUGAAAGCAAAUGGCUUUUUUGAGGGAGAAAUAGAAAGCUCUGCCAAGUACGUGCAGAAACUACACAUGGCAAAGAACUACUUUGAGCAUUCUGUGAAUAGGCCAGAAAGCCUUCUUGACGUAAGCCCAGGGGAAGAAAUCUUAACCUUAUUACAAACAUUGCCCUUUGACCAGGAGGAGCUGAAGAAAGAAGAAGCUAAUCUCUGCAGUGAGGAUGAUGAUCGCUGGCUGUAUAUCUCUCCAGAUCAGCUGGACCAGGUUCUGCAGGAAGCAACUGGUAAAGACAAACCAGCGGUCACUCCCAAAGGAGAGGAGCCAAAUUUUGACUUAAACAAAGUCGCAGACAGCAUGAAAUCAUUUGUGUCCAAAGUCUCAUCCCACAAAGGAGCAGAACUGCCUCGGGAGCCUUCUGAGGCGCCUAUCACCUUUGAUGCAGAGUCUUUCCUCAAUUACUUUGACAAGGUUUUGGGUUCUGAUGAAUCAGACUCUGAUGACUUCUAUGAUGAUCUGGAUGAGGAGGACUCUGUAUACCUAAACGGUGAUGGUGACUUGGACCUUGGAACCCAGCGUCCUGAGGGAAAGGCCUUUGCAAGAGAAACUCUAGAAACUAUCAAGUCAUACAUGGCACAGAUGGACCAGGAGCUAGCACAAACUAGCAUUGGAAAAAGCUUCACCAACUGGAAACGCAAUGAAAACUUGCCAAAGGAACUGUCUGAAACUCUUGACAUUGACUCAGAUGAUGAUGAAGCUACAGCAGAUGGCCAUGUUCUGGACCCUUUGGACUUGGAUGUGAACUUGGUUACAAAUGUCUUGGAAUCUUACCAUUCCCAAGAUGGACUGGCAGGACCAGCUUCUAACCUUUUACAGAGCAUGGGUGUGCAGCUCCCUGAUGACAUAGAUCACAGACAUACCAGCCAGUAACUGCAAGAUUAAUCUGAUAGCCAAUAAAGAGUCAGUCUGAUGUGCA